AUAAAAUAUAAAGAUGCAGGCAAAAAAUUAGGAAAUAAUAAAUGUAUUUCACAAUACAAAUACAUGGCAGGUCCAGCCUUCCUUUAGGUGGAGCUAUGUAUAUGGCGUGGAUACCAUGUUUGAUCGCGACAUGAGUGCGUCAGCCAGCUUUGACUUCUUGAAGAAGCGGAAAAAGAAUCGACAAUGGGCUACAUAUGAGCAUGAUGGCGAUAUCGACCAUACUACGGCAUCUAUAUCGACACCUCUUGCUGAAUCGCAUCCUUCCAAUAAAAAGGGUUCCUUCCGAGGUAUCCUUAUGGAUGAAUCGCGGAAGCUAUCGCAGUCACAAUCUCAAACUCAGGAUACAACAUUAAGUGAUGACUAUUACGUUCCAGUCAUGCCGUUAAUUGAUUAUGGGUCCUGCCGGGCCUUCAAUUACGUGAUUUGGGCGCGUGAUCAAAUGGUAUUCGGGAACGAAGAGAUUUUGAUACAACCUGAUUUGGAACAGGACUUUCUAUCGCGGCUUGAGUAUCUUCGUUCAACUGUAUCAUCUCAACCGUCUGAAGCGACGUCUUCGUCAAAGAUUGUAGAAGCCAUUAUGGAGUUUAUGGUUGACGUUGAGAUUGGCUAUAGAUACCUUGGGUCUAAUGCCAAUCCCUUUUGCCGUUUAUCGCAAAUAUAUGUAAACGGCUUCAUCCAUCUGCGACCAGUGAAUUUGGCCAUUUUCGAUUUUACAGAACCCACGGAAGAGCUUGCUGUUACAAUUCAGAGGAUUAAUGUAUCUGGCAGAGUGUUCGCGCAUCAUCAGCUGUUGUCACACUUUUCUCAGCAGUGCGAAUUUCUGCCUUCAAAGUACUGUUCUGGUUAUAUCCCUAAGAACGUAACGAUUCACCACGAUUACUUCCCUAACUUAGUCACGAAGGUUUUGCUACAACGUGCCAAAAGACAACUAGUAGUUGUCAAAGCUAUUGUAGACGUACCCGGGAUCGACUUGAGUGCAUAUGAGGGUUAUGUCUUUGACGAUCUCAAAACGGGAGAAAAAGCAUGGCUACCGAUAUACAUGGUAGAACGACUGUCGCACUUCGGGUUUGUCUCCGUGGAUAUACCAGUUUACCUAACCCGCAAUUCUUUACGUGAGCUAAGGGACCGAGAGGAACAGGGUGAAGUUCUUGAAAAAUUACCUAAUUACUAUUUCUUUGAAAUAGCCCACAUGUUCACUAGAUCCAACAUCUUUGAGCGAGUCAACGUUCCAAAUCUGUCUAAUCGCAAUCAUGUUUACAGCUAUGUCUCCAAGUUGGCGGGACUGAUCGAAGACAUAAAAUACCAGCGCUUGAAAAAAAUCCGUCAGACGCUGGAAAAGAUACCGCAGCGCGAGUCAGUCAUAUCGGUCGACAAUUUGCAGUACUCCGAGACUUUUUACGUCAAUCAAUUCCUCUCUGCCUACUCUGAAGUAAGAGAUAUCAAUGCUUGUUCUGACGUUCAGUCAAAUGCGCAGAUAGGUAACUUUGUCGGUGACCUCGAAAACAAUUUGAUUGACUCCCUGAAGGUACCGCUGCUGUAA